CAAGCCGUUAGAAUGUCAGUCUGUUUUAGCUAUAUCGUGAAUGAGUACGUACAUACGUUUCUUUUAUUGUGCUGCGAAAAUUUUUACGUUUAAAUAUUAAUAAUUGGCUAGUCCAAGUAUUUUUCAGAACAUAGUUUUGUUAAAAAAGUAUUAAAAUAUAUUAUUGUUACACCGCAAGUACUUUUUAUACGGUGUACGUGCUAAAAUUUAAUGACAAGUGUUGCUAAAUAAAUAACUUUCGCGCCUUCGAAUAUAUUUGCGAAUUAAAGCUUUGUGCCUAUUGUUGUUAGUAGAUAGUGAAGUGAAAAUGAGUUUAAGUAGAUUGAGAAGUGUCGUCGCAAGGUAUGAGCUAGUGAAAGUUCCUCCUUCAAGUAUAUUGGUUUCGAAACUUUGGGGACCUUGUACUAGGGAUGUGAGCACAUGUAGUGCGCAAUUUGGUAGUGUUGCGACACAUAAUUCGAAGCCGAAUUGGAACCGGGCUGUGAGUGAGGCGGAGAAGAUCGUGGGGUACCCAACCUCGUUCCUGAGCCUCCGGUGGGUGCUUAGUGAUGAGAUUGCUAAUGUAGCGCUUCAUCUUAGGAAGUUAGUUGGCAGCAAUCAUCCAUUGCUCAAAACCGCCAAAAAUCUGCUGUACAAUGGCAAGAACAACAUGCAAGCGUGGGGUCUCAUCGUGUUACUCGUAUCGAAGGCAGCCGGCCACAGCCCGGAGAUCCCGGACAUGGAGCAGGACAAAGCGGCAGGAGUACUGCACAGCCAAAGAGCCUUGGCUGAAGUCACAGAAAUGAUCCGCACUUCUCACCUCGUCCACAAAGGAUUGGUGAACAUGAAUGCUCGACAACAGACCACAAUAGCCGGGGAGCCUGACGACAUGAUGUUUGGGAAUAAAAUCGCGCUUCUCAGCGGGGACUAUUUACUGGCAAAUUCGUGCUCGGAACUCGCCAACUUGCGGAAUCAAGAGCUGGUUGAGUUGAUGUCAUCAGCGGUUCGGGAUCUCGCAGAAGCGGAGUUCUUAGGAGACCGUGACGAGCAAAACAACCCCCUGCCUUCGCGACCAUUGGCCGAAGACCAAAGAGGGCUAGCCUCAGAAUGGGACUGCAUCUUGGACCCUUUGCCGAUGUCUGGUGUGAUCGGAAGCCUACUUCGCGAGUGGGAAGCAAGACAUGUGUUAGCGGCCGGCGCGCUCCUCGGCAAGAGUUGCUCGGCUGCGUUGAAAUUGGCCGGUCACAAACCCACUUUGCAGACACAGGGUUACCUAUUCGGCUGCCACCUAGCCCUCGCGUGGCAAGCGUUCCUCGACUUGGAGGCCUUCACGGGCCCCGAGCCGUCCAGUUUCUCGCUGGUGGGGGCGCCACUAGCGUUCACUUUGGAAGCCAGGCCCGAGUUGUAUUCCUAUAUCGAGGAAGGGAAGAAAAGCGUCCAUGAUGUCGAUUAUCAUGCUCUAUACAAGGCGGUGCUUGAAGGCACCGGUAUCGAGCAGACGAAGCAACUUCAAAGGGAGCACAUCGCCAACGCUUGCAGGGUUCUCGACAACUUCCCUAAUUGCGACGCUAGAACGGCGCUCGCCAAUAUCAUUGUGGCUAUGCACCAGUAGAUUGUGGUAUUAAUCAGUGCCGUGUGGUUCCCGGCAGGUUGUAAUACGAGAAACUUUUUUUUUCGUUUAAUGCGCUCGAGUCUUUACAGUCAAGGGCUAAGAAACCAUUUAAACAACUAAUGACUUAAGAAGCUAUUCACGAACGUUGAUAAGGACUUCCCAGAGAUAGUAAGAGGGGUAUUAGGUAACAAAUAUAUCUUUUCAAUGUCUGUGUUUUACACGAACCCAUUAAUAUUCACGAAAUGGACUCAUUUCCUCUAUGGUCCAGUCUCACUUUCGUGGUGUUUUAAGGAAGAGGGGCAAAGUGUAUUGGUAGGUAUAGUCUUUAAAAGUGCAAAGCGUCUAUCAAACAUUAGGUCAUGAAAUAUAAAAGUCUUUAAAAGUGCAAACGUUAUGGCAUGAAAAUAUGUACAGUUGGAUGCAGAUUAACCUUACCCCUCUAGUGUUGAUUUACAGCGGGAUUGAAAAGACUUAUGUCUUAUCUGCCCUGUAACCAACUCUGAGGCUACUUUAAAAAAGGGAGUAUGAAACAUAAGCCUUAUUAACGUUCAUAAAUGGUCACAAACUAAAACAAAAGCGAUAGCCGCAGUUUAUUUUAAAUAAAUCUUAAACUUCAGUUCAGCUGUUUCGGCAGUACGCUAUAAGCAAAUAUUAAGCGUGUGCAAAUUAGUAUUUAUACCUAGUAGAGACAGCUUUUUUUAGCGGAAAUGAUGAUAAAUAACAUAAUGGAAAUUACUAAUUGACCUACAAAUUACCAAUUAUUAAUGACAAACAACUUGCGACACUUGGAAUGACGUGCGUAAUUAUUAUUGACGUGACUUCCAUUAUUUGGGUUAUCCAAUAACUUCGACUCAGAAGAUAAUCUAAGAUUUACAGAGAAAAUAAGAUUUGUUGUCUCUUUUCAGGAAGAAAUAGCUUCUUUCUUUCUAGAAGUGGGCAACAUUAAUUAAAAAUAAUAACUUUUUAUUAAUUCGAUAUUAAUAAAAAGUUAUUAUUUUUAACUAUGAGCGAUAGUAGAUUAUCUGAUUACCAAAAAUGUUCAAUCGUGAGAAACAAAAGUACCUCGUUAGUUUGUUGGCAACGGGCCGGAUUUCUUUGCAAUUACUGUAACAUUUGAACGUUAAAGUUAUUAAUUUCAAAAAAGUAAUAAUUUUUUUGGAGCGUCACGACUUAAUCGUCUUUUUUUUUUAAAUCUCACUUGUUCCGGAAUGAUACAUUUUCAUCCUAAAGACGAUAAAUCUUUUAUAUAAGUCGUUUAAAGUACUUAAUUUUUUUUUAAUACGUAACUCGUAAGUGAGUUACUUUAAUUCUCAGGUUGCGUAUAAGAACUUUAUCCUUUCUUGUGUAAGAACUAUUUUCUGUAUAAAAUUAAUAAAGAUAUUUAAUGAUACUUUCAUGAAUGUUAUCAUAAUUUUCUUUUUCAUUCUAUUGUAAAGUCUACAUUAUAUUAAUGUUAAUAUAUUCUUAUACAAUUUGGUGCUAUUUUUAUGUGAUAUAUCAUGUUUUUUUUUAUCUUAGUCUCUUGCUCACAAUUUACUUUCUAAGUUUGGACUUAAGGAGUGUAAAGUUUCGAUUAUUGGAACAUUUUUACCAUCUCCAAAUAGUAAAUUAAGUUUUUGUUAAUGAUAAAUAAAAUUGAAGAUAAGAUUAAAUCUGUGGUUACCAAAUUUUUAUAACAAAGUAUUUUUGAUAUACAAAAUAUCUUGUAACAAAUUAAAUGUUAGUUCUGUACAAUAUAUGUUUAAGUGUAAAUAAAUGAAUAUAUUUCUAACGUUGGUGAUGUGGUAUAAAUAAGGUUUUUAUUUUUUAUUGAAUUAAAUAUAUACAGUUUGUAAUAUA